UCAUGGUGUCUCGGGAGCACAAGAGAGCUGCUUUCCAUGAGAAGCUGCAACUCCUUCGAUCGAUUACGCACUCUCAUGCACUAAACAAGACAUCUAUCAUAAUGGACGCAUCAAAAUACAUCGAAGAGUUAAAGAAGAAGGUCGAUAAGUUGAAUCGAGAGAUUGCAUGCACACAAAACAGAAUCGACGACAACACACUACCUAUGGUAACUGUUGAAGCCCUACAGAAGGGGUUCCUCAUAAAUAUCUCUUCGGGGAAGAGCUACCCGGGAUUGCUCGUCUCCAUUUUGGAAGCCUUUGAGAAGCUGGGACUCAGUGUCGUGCAAGCUAAGGCUACUUGUACUGAUACAUUUCGCCUAGAAGCAGUUGGAGGAGAUAUUCAAGUGGCAAGGAUGGAUGCUCAAAUGGUGAAACAAGCAGUUCUGCAAGCCAUCAAGACUAGCACCAAGAGUUCUGAUCCAGAAUGACAGAUAUAUAUAGCAGGAGACUUCUUAUGACUACCAAUGCAACCUUUUAUUAACCUUUCAUCUACUGUAAUUGGGUUGUUACAGCCCUGGCUUGAAGGUAGAAUGUCCUAUGUAAAAUUAUAUAUAUGGUUCUUCAGAGCAUGGAUAAAUUUCAGAAUUCACAUA